GUCACCUCAUGGCGACGCAGGUAGAGGAGGCAACGCGGGGAAGAGGCGGCGGCGCUGAGGAGGCGACUGAAGCCGGACGGGGAGGACGGCGACGUAGCCCGCGGCAGAAGUUUGUAAUUGGCACAAUGGAAGAAGCUGGAAUUUGUGGGCUAGGAGUGAAAGCAGAUAUGUUGCAUAACUCUCAAUCAAAUGAUAUUCUUCAACAUCAAGACUCAAAUUAUGAUGGCACAAGUAACAAACAUUUAUUGGAAGAGGACGAAGGCAGUGAUUUUAUAACAAAGAACAGGAAUUUGGUGAGCCCAGCAUACUGCACGCAAGAGGCAAGAGAGGAAACUCCUGGUCGAGAAGCUCGGAUGGAUCCUCCUGAUGGCCAGCAGGAUUCCCAGUGCAACAGGAACAAAGAGAAGACUUUAGGGAAAGAAGUUUUAUUAUUGAUGCAAGCCCUAAACACCCUUUCAACUCCAGAGGAGAAGCUGGCAGCUCUCUGUAAGAAAUAUGCUGAUCUCUUGGAGGAGAGCAGGAAUGUUCAGAAGCAAAUGAAGAUUCUGCAGAAGAAGCAAGCCCAGAUAGUGAAAGAAAAAGUUCAUUUACAGAGUGAACACAGCAAGGCUAUCUUGGCAAGAAGCAAACUAGAGUCUCUUUGCAGGGAACUUCAGCAUCACAAUAAGACAUUAAAGGAAGAAAAUAUGCAGCAGGCACGAGAGGAAGAAGAGAGACGCAAAGAAGCAACUGCACAUUUCCAGAUUACUUUAAAUGAGAUUCAGACACAGCUGGAACAACACGACACACACAACGCCAAACUCCGACAGGAGAAUAUUGAAUUGGGAGAGAAACUGAAGAAGCUCAUUGAACAGUAUGCACUGAGGGAAGAGCAUAUUGAUAAAGUGUUCAAACAUAAGGAACUGCAACAACAACUUGUGGAUGCCAAACUUCAGCAAACGACACAGCUUAUAAAAGAAGCUGAUGAAAAACAUCAAAGAGAGAGAGAGUUUUUAUUAAAAGAAGCAACAGAAUCAAGGCACAAAUAUGAACAAAUGAAACAGCAAGAAGUACAACUGAAACAGCAGCUUUCUCUCUAUAUGGAUAAGUUUGAAGAAUUCCAGACUACCAUGGCAAAAAGCAAUGAACUUUUUACGACCUUCAGGCAGGAAAUGGAAAAGAUGACAAAGAAAAUUAAAAAACUGGAAAAAGAAACGAUUGUCUGGCGUGCCAAAUGGGAAAACAAUAAUAAGGCGCUUCUGCAAAUGGCUGAAGAGAAAACUGUCCGUGAUAAAGAGUACAAGGCCUUUCAAAUAAAACUGGAACGGUUAGAGAAGCUGUGCCGAGCUCUUCAAACGGAAAGAAAUGAGCUCAGUGAGAAGGUGGAAGUCCUUAGAGAGCAGGUGUCUAGAGAAGCAGCAGGUGUGGGUUUAGCGAGGCCUGUGCUCCAGGCGGGCCCGGCCCUGGCUUCUCACAAGGAGCUGGACACUUCCUCUCAAACAGCCCCAGGGGCCCCCCUUGAAGCAAAGCCCAAGGCAGCCAGUGAAAAAACUGCCGCUCCAAAGACCCUGGCCACGGGCUCUGUCCCAGGCACUGAUUCAGUUGACUAAGAUGAAGUGUCAGCACUGUUUUGAGAGAUAUAUUUUGUGUAUAACUUUCUCUGUUAGUAGUAAACUAUUGGUUUUGUGGUGAAAAUUUUCUUACUUUUUCUACCAUAUCUGUAUUUUCUUAGAACUACUGGACUUAUGUGGUACAGGAGGCUGCUUAGAGUUUUGAAUAGUUUUAAUCGCUCCCUUUUCCCCAGCUGUGUUGCACAUCUGCCUCACUGUCCCCCUUCAUUGGCAUGCAUGUGUUCAUUGCGUUGUCCUUUCUCUUCCCUGCUCCUUGCACAUAAUCGUCACUAUUAAAAUUCCAGUCAAGACAGGGCCAACCAUUACGAGGGAACUUUGUUCUGAGCAUGGUUCCUAGAUGUAAAAACAUUAAUUUAAAUUUUCUGCCUGCCAUUAAUAUAAUUCAAUAAAAUAAAAUAUACAAGAUGAUUAGUUUUGUCUAAUAUCCCAUUUAAAUGCCAAGUAAAAAUAAAAGUCUAGUGUUAGAUCAGAACCAAGCAUAGGAUAUCUGAUUCAAAUUAGCUUUUGGGUAAUUGUUUGUCACUUGAUAAAACUGAGAUGGCCACAAGCCUUGAGUCCCACAAAGUUAUGCCAGAAUAUGUAUACAAAGAUGUCACCUGUAAACAAAAUAGUACAUACAGUCAAAUCAUUGGACAAACACACUUAAUGUUUAUGUGACUAAAAAGUCAACAAUGCUGCUUUGCUUUCAGGCUAGAACUGAUGUGUGGAAUUUUUCUACCCAAAUGUCUACCAUAGAGUAUGCUGGUUUUUGUUUGGUUUCAAUUUGGGAUUUGGGUACUUAUUCUCCACCUCCCACAGAAAGGCACCAUUCUUCAAAAAUUGCUUUUGGCAUUUGCAGUCACUUCCAGUCCCUUGUCAGUUUAAGUCAAUUAGGGUAAAUUCUAUGUAGCUUUCAAUAGGCGAAGGUCCCUCUGCUGGUUACUUGAAAGGUUGAUGUUCAACUGUUAGAAGAGUCCCACCAGCAAAAUAUCCCAGGCUCUUUAAAGUGAAUUUUAACUUUGGAUCAUCUUAACUGAAACUGCUUUCAUUUCCAAAACAAAGACUGGAACCAACAUUUUUUCCCCUUUGGGAAAACUUGGUGCAGGGUGGUGUUCAGUAGUCACUAUCCUUAUUCUUGUGCUUUCACUGUUUCUCAUCCCUUUCCUACUGACUUAACUGUUUUAAAGGGGAAAAAAAAACAACCCAGUAUUAUCAAGGUCUCUGCACUUGGGAGUGGGGGAAAUUUCUAAAUUAAGCCUGUAACUUUUGCAUUUGUUUCUUAACUUUCCUUUGAUUGAGACAUGGGUAAAUUAUACAAAUGAGCAAUCAGGCUGCACCAAUGGUAAAAACUUUGACAUUGUCCCUAGUAAACUUUUGCAUUGAAAGACUUUGAAAUAGAAAGGUUCUAACCAAACCUGUUAGCACAUUCCACUGAGCAAAACCAUCAAACUGACACUUCUCAAUUGCUCACUGGACUGAAGAAGCCCAAGUUUUCCGUCCAGUUAAAAGGGUUUUGUCCUUGUUCAAGUUUUAUGUAUAAGGUCCUGUUACAUUUGUGGUCUAAACUGGGUUGAAAGAAUUACAAAUUUGUCCAUCCAUAGAUGAGAAACAUCAUCUGGACUGGAAGAUUAGAUCCAAGCUGCCACCAUGAGUCAUGCUAAUCAAGGGCCAGACAGUGAGGAAACAAAAUCCAGAGUAGGUUAUCUGAUUAUUCUCUCAAAAUGAGGUGAAAACAAAAAGCCCUCCCACAACCUUUCAUAACACCCCCCAUUACUAAAUGAAAUAGACUAAUUUCCCUCAGAGGAAAUGAAGGUAUAUAUCAGAAAUAGAAUCUAUCUUAAAACUAGUACUAAUGAUCACAUUUCACAAGAACUCUGCUGGAUGUACAGCUCUUAACAUUUUAUUCAGCCAGUUGUGGAGCCCACAUUUCUUUGUGGUACUUGUUCUCUGUGGAAGAUUGUAAAUCUUAAACCUUUGCAUAUUCUCAAGGGCUUUAUAAAGCAAUGUGAUUAACAGUACUUGGCCUGCUGCUUACGGCUUACUAUGUAUAUUUAGCUAGAUGCUACCAUGGUGUUUAAGAAUAUGGAUUCUGUCUGGGAUGUAUUUAUUUAUUUGGUCUUUCAGAAUCUCCCUACCAUUACCCUGUUAAGAAUAAAAACAAAUGGGACCCUCUAGGGCCACUCUCGUAAAGCAAUCCCCUCACCAGCCAGUGUUGUGGCUUUGUAGCACGCCCUGUAUCUACCGUAUUCUAGAACACUGUAAUGCUCCUACGCUGACCCAGAAAAGGUUUAAAUGUUGAAGUCACUUAAAUUGCAUUUGUUGCACCAUUGUGGAAUCUUGAUUUGUAUUAUAGUGGCAGUAGAUGCCAAGGUGUAGAAAAAACUUGUGUCUUGGAUAAUGCACCAUUUCAUCCUCAGACUUAUAGGAAUAUAUUUCUCAGUCUUGAGACCAGUAUUUUUUAUUAGUUAUGUGUUCAACUGCUUUUAUUACACCUAGUUAUCACAAUUCAAUUCUCAGGUGUUUCAGAAAAAUCUACCUCUUUCCGACUGUAGAUGGAAAUAACUGUGAAAAAAUGGAUGCAGAUAUCUUCUAGUUUGUGCUAAACACACUGCUUUAUUUUUACAGCCCACGUCUUUCAUGAGGAUACGAAUUGUUAAGAGGCAGGCUUGUUUUGCUUUUCAAAGACAUUUUGUAGAGAUUUUUCACUAAUGUGAACCUGAUUUUAUCUAUUCAAUUCUGUAUAGAUUAAGUAAAUAUGUAUGAAAUUUAA